UUUUUUCAUAAUUGUUUGUUAAAAUAUAAUGGACACUUCAUAUAGACAUUUCCAUUUCUUCGUCUUCCGAACAAAAAGAAACACAACGAACCGCCAAAACAAUGUUUUCAACUUUUUAAAUCAUUUAUUUUACUGUCGAUGUAGGACGUCCCGUGCGAAACUCAAAACAUGUGAUUAAUUACCGAUAAAUUUGGUUAAUCUUGCUUAUUUUGAAAGGACGUUAGCAGUCAUUUGGUGGGCGGCUUAUGGUGAUUCUGUUUUUAGUUGUCAUUACAUAUUCUUAAGUUAAAGAUCCGCCGGCACUAGCAAAACUAAACCUUGCGACCUCACCAAUACUAAAGCCAAUUGAUAGAUUUUUAUGAUCAUAUCUAAUCUGAGCUAUCUGUCUAAACUAACGAUUUUCCAGGCGAAUAUAUCGCACAAUAAAUUUUUAGUGAACACCCUUUGUAUGUCUAAGCAAAACAUGACAAACAAGUCGUUAUUAUUAGUAAUUUUUAUUACCAGAAAAACAAGGGUAAUGGGUUUGUUCGCCAUUAAUUGUAAUCGUUAUAAUGAUUUCACUCGUAUUAAUUUUUUGUGCCUUACUAUAUUUAAUCAUUUAUUUUAUUGGUAAAAACAACGAACUGUAUUGGAAAAAACGAAAUGUGGCUUUUUAUACGAAAAAUAAAGUUACAGGAAUUAUGUGGGAUUUCUUAACGAAAGACACUCCACUUUUCAAAACUGUUUGUGAAGUAUAUAAAGAGUAUCGGAACGAACCUGCUGUUGGCAUAGGAUCGUUUUUAACACCAUCCUUGUAUGUGAUCGAUUUAAAUAAUAUUCAACAUAUAUUAUCAUCAGAGUUUCACUCCUUUCAUUAUAGAGGAUUGGAUACCAACAAAAAGGACCUUCUUGCAGAUAAUGUUUUGUUUAUGAAAGGAAAUAGGUGGAAACUAAUGCGACAAAAUAUGACACCGCUGUUUACUCCUACAAAAUUAAAAGCCAUGUUCUAUAUUGUAGAUAAAAGUGCUAGGGAUUUUGUUAUUCAUCUGGAAAACAAUCCAAUGCUUCUUAAAGGUAACGCUUUUAAUACAAUAUCCUCAUUUUGUAGCGCUGCUAUAAGUGCUGCUGUAUUUGGUGUGACUGCCAAAUCAAUUUUCGAUUCGCCUUUUCUUAUGGUUGCCAAAAAAUCUUUUAAUUCCACAUUUAUUAAGGACCUUAAAUUUGUGAUAGGUAUUUUUAGUAAUAGAUUAUUCGAGCUUCUAGGAUUUACUAUGUUUCAUGACCAUGAAAAGUUUUUCAUUAAUACAAUAAAACAGGUAUUAAGAGAACGUCAAAGCUCUAAUGUAAAAAAACACGAUUUUGUUGAUUUGUGUGUUAAUAUACAAAACUCUGGGGACUUAUUGGAUAAAGAAACAGGAUACAAAAUCACCCCAACUGAUGAAAUUUUAGCUGCUCAAGCUUUUUUCUUCUUUGUCGGUGGAGUUGAACCUACAACAUCAGCUAUGUUUACGACUCUCGUGGAACUUGGAAAAAAUCCUAAGAUUUUGGAGCGACUUCAAAAUGAAAUCGACGAGACAUUUAGAAAAAACAAUAAUGAACUGUCUUAUGAAUUAGUAAUGAAUAUGAUUUAUCUUGAUAUGGUGUUAAGUGAGGCUUUAAGAAUGCAUCCACCAAUAGCUUUUUUGAUGAGACGCUGCGUACGAGACAGCGUUCUUCCUGUAGGUAAUAUUAAAAUCGAGAACGGUACUAAGAUAUUUAUUCCACUCUAUGAGAGGCAUCAUGAUGAAAAACAUUUCCCGGAACCAGAAGUAUUUAAUCCUGAAAGAUUUUCCCCAGAAAAUAGACAUAAAAUAAAUGAUUUGACUUAUACACCAUUUGGCAAGGGUAAUAGGCAAUGUAUUGGAACAAGGUUUGCUUUGUUACAAACGAAAACAGGAUUAAUUCAUUUGCUCCAUAACUUCUCAGUCAAAACUCUUAUAAAAGACGGUGGAAUAAAACACCGCCGCGAGCAACUUCAAGUAAGAUUGGAUAAUGUAGAUCUGGAAUUUAUCCCAAGACGUAAAAAGAUAUAAUAAUAUAAAAAAUUGUUUAUUAAUUAUAAAUAAAUAAAAUGUGUAAGAUGUGGGCACUUUUCAGUAAAAAUAAUACCUGUGUCAGUGUCCCACCUCAAACAUAACAAAAUCAUAAAUUUAAUCUUUUAUUUUAACUGAUUUCAACACUCGUAUGUGAUAAUGGAAAAUGUAACUACGGAUUAGCUCUCAGAAACAUAUCCAACACUGCGUAAGGUGUGUUCAUAAGUCGUAUUGUGUCGUAGAUUGAUAUUUGGAUGUUUAAGGUAUUAUACUAUUAUUGUUACUAUGAGUACGUUUAGUAUUUUACAUAAUAUGAUAGCUGUAGAAUGAGAACAUGUUUCAAAUAUUCUUAGUUAUAAUAAGUAUUUCCUAAUUACUUUUUAUGUUAAUUUUUAUUGUGUGCAAGCCUAUAUUGAAUUAAAAUUGUGUUAAGUACAGUGCAUAUUAAAUAUAUUAAUCUAAA